CUGAUGCAGAAUAUUUCGGAAGUGAUGGAAUUCAUUCUUGCGGGGUUAACAGAUGUCCCAGAGCUGCAGGUCCCUUUAUUUGUCAUCUUCACCUUCAUUUAUUUGUUCACACUGGUUGGGAACCUUGGAAUGCUGGUGCUGAUUCUUCUGGACUCCCGACUCCACACUCCCAUGUACUUUUUCCUCAGUAACCUCUCCUUCGUGGACUGUGUUUAUGCUUCGGCAGUCACUCCCAAGGUAAUGCAAGGGUUUCUCACAGGAGACAAGGUCAUAUCCUACAGUGCGUGUGCUGCCCAGAUGUUCUUCUUUGCAGCCUUUGCUACUAUUGAGAGUUUCAUCCUGGCCUCAAUGGCCUUUGACCGUCAUGCUGCAGUGUGCAAACCCUUGCAUUACUCCACCACUAUGACAACUACAAUGUGUGUUCUGCUUGUUUCUGGUUCUUACAUAAAUGGAAUCUUGCAAUCUUCUAUUCAUGUGUCCUUUACUUUCCAACUUUCGUUCUGUAAUUCCAAUGUGGUGAAUCACUUUUUUUGUGAUAUUCCCCCACUACUUGCUAUUUCUUGUUCUGAUAUCUACAUAGAUGAAAUUGUGCUAUUCAUGUUGGCAGCAUUCAAUGUCACUUUUACUCUAUUGGUUAUCUUUACCUCUUACCUACUUAUUUUUGUUGCAAUCCUGAGGAUGCAUUCUACUGAGGGCCGAAAGAAAGCCAUCUCCACCUGUGCAUCCCACCUCACCACUGUUUCCAUAUUCUAUGGCACAAUUAUUUUCAUGUACUUACAACCCAGUUCCAGUCAUUCUAUGGACACUGACAAAAUGGCAUCUGUGUUCUAUACCAUGGUUAUUCCCAUGCUGAACCCUCUUGUUUAUAGCCUCAGGAACAAAGAAGUCAAGAAUGCAUUCAGGAAGUUUCUUGGAAAAGCAGAAUCUUCACUGUGA